AUGGAGGCCAAGCUCUCAGGCUUCAUGGGAAAGGCGGUUGCGGCAGCCCUCAGUAGCAGCAGCAGCGGCACCGGCAGCCACGCCCCUGCUGGCGCGGUCCCCGCCAAGAGUGGUGGCAGCACCGUGGAGCGCCUAGUCAGCAAGGCGGUGGACCACGCGAUGGAGGCUGCCAAGAAGAACCCCGAGCUGAUCAAGAAGGUCGCGACGCAGGCCGUCGUGUCGGCCAUGGCUGCUGGGACAAGCAGCAGCAGCAGCGGGGCAGCUGCCGGCGGCGGCCACGGCAGCGGCAGCGGCAGCGUCGCUAGCAAGCUCAUGAACAGGCUCAUGAA